AACGUGGACCCAUGAACUGCCUUGAAGGCAUAAAAGACGAGCCAAAUGAACAAGGAAUCACAAGAUCAAUGGCAAGAAGGCGAAAGGGAAGUAAAGCACAACAAGAUUACCUAUUUGCAGGUGCCAAUGGACCGAAUAGAGAUCCAGAAGAAUAUAGUUUCCCAGAUAACUGGAUCAACACUAACUUUCGUCUGCGAAUGAUACAUGGAGGCAAAUCAUUUUUCCUUGUUACUGAUGAUGGUUUGACUUAUGAACAUCUUUAUGCUGAAAAUUUAUGGCUGUGGCUAAGGCAUGAUCACUCAACACCAAUGAAAGGUGCCCUUGGAAACUACAAUGGAAGUCUCUUUUUGGUAGACAUCUACGGGAGUCUGCUUAUGAGAGAAAGGAGCGAUGAGGGGCUAACAUGGGUAAAUUGCACUGCCAUGAGGAAUCUCGGGCGUGUUAUUGGAGGCCCUCCAUGGGAUGGAAUUCCAGGUAAAGCUCCGAAAGUUACACCAGAAGAUGCAAUCUUCUUUGUGAGCAAAAAUGGAAGGCUGCUGCAGUUCACAGUUGCCCUGAGGAAAUUCAAAUGGAAAGAUUGUCGAAACCCUCCAGAUACCAAAGUUGCAAGUAUUGUUGACCAGGAGCUGUUCCGGGAUAACAUAGUGUUUGUCACUGGAAGGAAUGGGAGGCUAUACCAGUAUAACAAAGUGACUGAAUUGUGGCAUGAGCAUUAUCAGUCACAACAUUUGGUUCUAUCAAGAUCGCCAGGAACUGCUAUGAGACCAUCCUCACCAUCACUCACAGGCUCACUAUUUAUGCUUUCAGAAGAUGGUGGACUAGUUGAAUACCAUUGGAAUACUGGUGAUGGCUGGAAUUGGAUUGAACAUGGAACACCUAAUAAAGGUGUAACCUUGAUCACUUCCCCUAGCCCAUGUUUUGAAGGUAAUCAACUUUUUCUUAUAGGUUCAGAUGGAAAAGUAUACGUUAGGUAUAUGGACAAAAUGACAUGGAGAUGGAAAAACUGUGGCUUCCCUCAUGUGGGACAAUUAAUGAAUGAAGAUCAAACACAAGAGAGGGGAAAUGAUAAUAAUGAAGAAGUUUGCAUCGAUGAAGAUUUUGCAGCCAGCUUGGAGAACGUUGCACGGAAGUACAGUGAUUUUAAUAGAAACUGUGACCCAAAGGUGGCACCAACAAGGCCGAUCCCAUUUUCUGAUGAUUCAGUUAUCUUCGAGCUUGGGGAUGGAAGAUUGGCAGAGAUGCGAAGAGUGGAGGGCACUCAUUGGGUAUGGUCACGCACCAUUGCCACUCCAACAACCUCGUGCAUGGCUAAUUAUUGGACCGCUGUGGCUUCAUGAAGAAAACAUACAACGUAGAGAAGAACAUGUCAGAAAUAUACAGGCACAGAGCUGCUACAAAUACACGAAUUUUGUACAUUUAACAAAGAAGAAUAGCGAAAGUUACCAUACCUUUUUUCGCUUGCUGUGGGAGAGCAAGCUGGAAUUAGAUUUGAAUCAUCAGGAGCAGAAUUUCUAACACGAUUGAUUGUACAGCGAAGGAAUUCAAUGGUGAAGGAAGCAAGGCUGUGAAAAAGCUGAAUAGAUAUUAUGAUUAUCAUCAUUGACAUUGUAUCUAAUGGAUCUGGUGAUUUCGUGA